ACACGCGCGCAUCUCGUUGCUUUAGACUUUAAUUUAAUAGCUGCUCAAUAAUUCACCGACCAAGAGCUUUUCGUUCUAAAUAAAACUACUACAUUAUAAGUAAAAGCUCUUAAUCGAGAUCAAAAUGGAGAAAAGCUCGAAUUUACCGGCUCCGUUUGUCGGGGUAGCAGUCUUUGUUUUGAAAGGAAACAAGGUGUUGAUGGGUCGUCGCCUCUCCGCGGUCGGUUAUAACACCUUUGCGCUCCCCGGCGGUCAUCUCGAAUUCGGUGAGAGUUUUGAGGAGUGUGCUGCAAGAGAGGUGAAAGAAGAAACUGGACUAGACGUCGUGAAGAUAGAAUUUUUAGCAGUCAGAAACAACGUUGUACUAAAUGAACCAAAACCAGCACAUGUGGUUUGCAUAUUCAUGCGAGCAGCUCUGGCAGACGACGAUCAACUGCCGCAAAAUCUAGAGCCAGAGAAGUGUGGUGGAUGGGAAUGGUAUGACUGGGAAAACCCUCCAACACCAUUGUUUAUCGGGUUGGAGAAUCUGGUGGAGAGUGGUUUCACUCCCUUCCCCACCAACUGAUAUGAUAGGCUAUCCUCUCGUUUGCUUUGUUGUAAGACUUAAAGCAGCAUAUGAAGCUUUCGUACCUAUUAUCUACUUAGUUAUGUCAAAACGAUUAGUUGAAUUGUUCUAUUGCCAGUUCUCAGAAGUUGGUAUUGAUUGCUUAGUUUUAUGAAGUAAUGUAAGUCUGAUUGGUUGUAAACUUGGUUCAAGCAACAAUUUAGACUUUCAGAUUGAAUGUUAUUAACUCGUAUUAUCGUGAAUUGUUUGUUAA